UUGUCUUUUAGUGCCUCAACAGACUCUAAACAUUUUGGUCAUUCAUUUUUGCUGUAGUCGAUAACUAUUAUUUAAAUUACAAAUAUUCAUAAUGUCGGCAUCCGAAUUAAUUUCUUUUGGAAAUCCUGUGUUCCAAACCUUUGCCUUUUGGGGAGGAGCAUUAGCACUAAAAAUGCUAGCAAUGUCAAUUUUGACAGCAAUGCAACGAUUAAAAACUAAGACCUUUCCGAAUCCCGAAGAUGCUGUUUUGAACAAAGUCAAAGUUAAAUUUGAUGACCCAGAUGUUGAACGAGUUCGUAGAGCACAUCGCAAUGAUAUGGAAAAUAUAUUCGUUUUCUUCCUUGUUGGACUGUUAUACGUUUUAACAAAUCCUUCAAGUUUCUUGGCCAACAAUUUAUUCCGCGCUGUAGGAAUUGGUCGAAUUGUCCAUACUGUUGUCUAUGUAAUGGCUGUACCUCAACCAGCUCGUGGUCUAGCUUGGUUCAUACCUUAUUUGGCUACUGGAUACAUGGCUUUGCAAGUUAUGAUUUCAGCUUUGUAAACAAAAAGGAUAAAGACAUUGUAUUUAAUUUAAAAUUUGUUUAAAUAAAUCAAAGUUUGUGAUGCUUAUUAAAGAAUAAAUAUAAAAGUUUUAUAAUAAAUAAAAA